AUGUCUUCGCCGAACAACCCGAGAAAACGACCGGCCCCUGGCGCCUCUUCGAUGAUCCCGAUCCCCCCAGUACAGCAGACAUUUUCGCCUGUCCAGACGGAUCGGUUGUUUGGGUGGAACGGAACAAUGGAUGGAAACGGCUUCGUCGACUCGCCAACGACAAACGUCAAUCAGUUCAUGAUGCCGACAUCAGGCGCCUUUGCGCAACCAAUUGCGGCGCCUUCAAACGCUCUGGCCCGCCGAGGGAACAGUCGUGCUCUUGUCCAUUCGGGCAACAGAGGCCACUUUGAUCAGGUGGGGGAGCCGUGGGCGAACGGGUUUGCCGAGGAUGCUCGGUAUCUUCAGACGAAUUCGUCUGUAGACGAGCAUGAUAACAUCGAGCUGCUAGAGGAGAAGGCUGCUCAGGCGAAGAGGGAAGCGCAAGCCAAAAGGAAACAGAUCCCCCCGUUUGUUCAGAAGCUGAGCAGGAACACCGACCUGAUCCGCUGGUCCGACAAAGGCGAUUCAUUUAUCGUCUUGGACGAAGAUGAGUUUGCCAAAACGCUCAUCCCCGAACUCUUCAAGCAUAACAAUUAUGCUUCGUUUGUGCGACAGCUCAACAUGUAUGGGUUCCAUAAGCGGGUCGGGCUGUCCGACAACUCGAUGAAAGCGAGCGAGCGGAAAAACAAGAGUCCUAGCGAGUACUCAAACCCGUAUUUCCGACGCGGGCAUCCGAACCUGCUUUGGCUGAUCAACAAGCCAAAGGGUGGCAGCAGUAAAAAGAAGAUCAAGAAGGAGGACGGAGAGGCGGAGAGCGAGGAGGACAACAAUACCGAAGAAGCGUACGGUGUUCCAAACCAUGGAGCGUCACAGGGCGGCAGGGCCUCCGUUUCUCACGAAGUCGGUCCGCUCCAGAAAAAGGAUCUGAUACAAGUAAAGAAUCAGAUAGACAGGAUCCAGCAGCAGCAACUCGCGAUUUCGGGCAUGCUCAACAAGAUACGGCAAGAUCACAAUUCGCUCUAUCAGCAGGCGGUCAUGUUUCAAACCAUGCACGAGCGGCACGAGAACUCCAUCAAUGCCAUUCUCAACUUCUUGGCCAAUGUCUUUCGAAAGUCGUUGGAGGAGCAGGGUGGGGUUCAGAGCGUCCAAGAUCUUUUGGCCAGCAUCAUUCCCAAUGCUCAAGGUCACGGCUCCACAAACAUGGCCACGGGAGGCGUGGUGGACUUGGGCGGCUUCGUCAACCAACGGGCUCCCAACGUUGCUGGGUCGGCGACGCCAAAACGUGCGCAGCGUCUCUUGCCUCCUGUCCCACAUCACCAAGCAAACAAGACCGUGGUGACAUCCCUGUCUCCGUCCCCAACACCCUCGCCGGCGCCCCAGACUUCGUACAACACUCGCAUGUCUGGGACUGUCACCGAGGUGUUUGAUACCUCGCCGGCUGACACCACCUCGACCUCUGCCUAUAUGCAGAAGGAGCUCCAGGACAAUCCACAUGAGGGCAUGAUGAAGAUCAUCCAGGACACCAACGCCGUCAACGUCAACAGCACUGGCAUCGACCUCCCCAACGUCGCCGCCACCACCCCGGUCACAGGCAUGAGCAACGAGAACCGCAACAAGAUGCUGAGCAUCAUGAACAAUGGCUCUGCUGCGACAACCCCGGCCGCGUCCAUGAACGGCGGCGGUAUCCCAUCUGUCUCUAGUCCCGGCGGUGUUUCCUUGCCCGCUGCCAGCCCACAGACCACAGCCGGUUUAUCGCUUUCUCCCAUCCUCGCCUCGAUGCCUAUUCCCCCGCCGCUGCAACCACUCCAGGCGACGCAGCAAGAAAUCGACGCGCUUCAACGCCUUCAAGCUCAACAGGCUUCUCAGCUUGAGAACCUGACCCAGUUCCUCGGUCCGCUCAGCCCCUCUGGCCGGAUUCCCGGUAUGGACGAGAACGGCAACGUCAACACUAGUUAUUUUGACUCUGUCGAUUUUGACCAGUUUGUUGAUAACAAUGCCUUUGCUAACCAGACCGGCUUUGGAGACAAUGAGUUCAAUGGGUUCAACGCGGGUGGUCAUCCGGAUGAGUUUAACUUUUCGCUGGAUGCUCCUGGUAGUGGGGCAGAGUUUGGGGGUGGUGGUGUUGCGGGUGCGGAUAAUGGGAUGUUGGGUGGUGGUGGGGGUGCUGGGCUGGGGAUCAAUGGGCAGGAUGGCUUGUUGGAUACGGGGAGGGUGUUUGAGACUACUUCGGCUACUAAUAGCCCUAGUCCAGCCGGGACGGAGGAGAUUACGAGGAGUGAGAUUGGGGGGGUUGGGAACGGGGUGGUGACGGAUAGUCCGGAGAGGGAUCCGAAGAGGAGGAGGAGGGGGUAG